AUGCCAAUAGACGAAAAGUUACGAGAUCUUGUCAACGGUAAACCUUCCGGUAAUCUAGAUGAAAAUAUUUGCCAGAAAGUGUCAUCUCUUUUGUUGGAAAAUAUAAAGUUUCUGGCAGCUGAUAACAAUUUGGAGGUUGCUAGACACAACUUGAAAACAAAGUAUAUCCUCAUAUACUCGGCUGCGAAUCAAAAUAGUAACGUUACGCCACAUGGUGCAGAUGGCCCCCACGAGGAGGUCGAGUUAAAGACAGAAGUCGGCCUCGUGAACCCGUCGAACACCUGUUUCCUCAACAGCGUUCUUCAGGCCCUGACCGCCACUCCGCCGUUGGUCAACUACCUAUUCUCUCGUGAUCACGAAAUAGAAUGUUGUCCGCAGUCAGGUGGUUUUUGCGGUAUUUGUCGUUUAGGUGACCACGUUAAAGCCGUCUACAGAGUCGCAGCGGCAGGCAAAAAUCGGAUGAUGCCACGUAGGAUGGUCGAGGACAUGAGACUGAUAUCUCCUCGUUAUUUGACCGGUGGUCAGGAAGACGCGCACGAAUUUCUGCGACUCUACGUCGAUUCUAUGCAUUCUGCAGCGUUGUUCCCGUUCAGAACGCUUAAACUAGAUUCGUACACGAGGGAAACGAAUGUCAUUAGCCAGAUUUUCGGCGGAUAUCAUCGAACACAAGGUAUGCUCAAUAGAAAUAUAUAUCUCAAAGGCAUAUUCUGCGACAAAUAGGA